AUGGAUAUUGAAUGUGUUGUACUUUACACUCAUCAAAAACUAAAGAAAGCAAAAACAUGGCAUGAUGGAGUAUUGAAGAUUUUGACCCCAGGUACUCGAGCGAUCUUGUAUGAUGACAAGAAGACUAAGAUCGACACAGUACAUAUCAAACCUGAUGCCAUUGUGUCUGGAGAACAGCUGGAGAGUGACCGUCAUCUCAUUCUUAUCGAAGAAAUAAAAACUGGUGUUGACAAUGUUAAGGUCCAAUUGCCCAGUGGUCAGAAUGGUGUCAGAGAACAUGUUGUCCAGACUCGUUCGAUUGCACCUACGAAUAAUUCUUCAGUUGGAACAGGACGUCUAUCCAUACGGGCGGGCAUCAAAAGGCGAAAAACGGGGUUUGUUCCACCAAGGAUGAUUAAGCAGCCUAGACUGGAUGUGGAUGAGAGCCGGACAGAUUCCUUUGAGAGUGGUAACAACAAUUCCAUGGUUGGAUCUAAUUCGUCCUUCUUUACAAAUAAGGAAAGUACUCCUGAUACAGUCAGUAUCCUCAAUCUAUACUCCAGGAUAGGUGCUAAAAAAGAUGCUGGGAAUGUACCAGUGUCAUGUAAACAGAGUGUUAGUCCUAUGUACACAUCUUCAUCAAGUUUACAGUCAAACACAGACCCAUUGGUUGCCAGCACAUCUGAUCAGAGGCCAGACUCAAACAAUCGUUCUCUGUUGUUAGACCGGUUUACAUGUGAUGACUCUCCUGGUAGAUCACCACAACGGUCUUCCCCGUGGACAAGUUUUGGUGCUGGCAGACUCAAGGGAAACAGUAAUUCUGCAAGGAAUGAAGAAUGGAGAGCUAAUGAACUUCAUGGAGCUAAACUGAAUCAUAAAAAUGUUGAAAGUCAUUCAAAUAUCUACAACGAAACUUCAAAAUUUUGUGAGAGUGACAAGCUUUUGUGUGAAAAAGACCAGGAAAUUUGUGACAAAAAGGCUUCUGUCGUUGCUAAUUCUGUAUGUACAAAUUUUGAUGACUCACAACAAGUAUCUACUAAGAUCAGUAUCCCUGCGAGUUCAGCACUCAAUCCAGCAAGGAAAAGAAGUGCUUCACAAAUCAUGGCUCUUCUUGGGAAAUCAAGAAAUAAAGAACCAGCACCAGUUAGUGAUGGAGGCCAAAGUGAAAGUCAGUAUACAGUUAUACCACAGGAAAGUUCUGUCAUACCCAUAUGUUCACCUUCACCAUUGGAAUGUCAUACAGAAAACACUUUAAAUAACAGACCUAAUGAACACUCACCUUCUUCACUGGAGUGUCAUGAAAACAUUGCUUGUUAUCCUAGGCCUAAUGAUCUAAGUGGUAAAGGUGUAACUACUUCUGGAAAAGAAUGUUUUGUUCUUAACAAUCCUUCAUUCAUAGAUUAUAAUGAAGUAAUUCAGGAUGACACUAGUGUUAAAACUUUGUAUAAUAGAGAAAUGCAUGACUUCUCCACUGAUUUAAACACAUCCCUGUCAUCAGGUCAUUCUGAGGUUCAGAACAAGCUUAAACAACCAGAGUAUAAAGGGCAACAAAAGGAGUUCAAAGUGCAUGCUGAGCAUUGUCAUAAUGAGGGAGAUAUUUGGGAGAAAGAUAGGAAUUCAGGGAAAGAUACAGAUGCUGAAAAAAAAUCCCAGGAGUGUGUUGUUACUGUAAAAGAAAACUUAAUCGACAAAGCUACAUUUGAACAUUUUCCUGAGACUGAUUUACUUGCACCAGAAAAAACUGAGGAGAGAAAUGUUUCAGAACACACAAUAGAACAGUAUAACUGUGAAAGUGCACCCCCAGAUACUCCAAAUGAGGAAACAGGAAUUAAGACUACUUAUAAAAAGCUGGCAGCAGUGUAUGAUUGCAAGGAAAAAGACCAACUGGACAGCUGUUUAUCACAGGAGGAUUUUGAGGAUGAUAAUGUUGAUGAAGUACAGCCAGGAAGUUUUCUUAUAAGUUUUUCUCCUUUGUCACAAGUGUCCAACAGUGAUGAUGAAGUGGAUGUACAAUAUCCUUCCACCACUGAUGUACAUCUAAAACAAAAAACAGAAGAGGAUGAAGAGUUUCUGAUAAAGCAAGACCAAGUAGUGGACAACAGUCAGAUACAGCAUGACCAAGUUGUGGACAACACUCAGAUACAGCAUGACCAAGUAGUGGACAACAGUCAGAUACAGCAAGACCAAGUAGUGGACAACAGUCAGAUACAGCAUGACCAAGUAGUGGACAACAGUCAGAUACAGCAAGACCAAGUAGUAGACAACAGUCAGAUAAAGCAAGACCAAGUAGUGGACAACAGUCAGAUACAGCAUGACCAAGUAGUGGACAACAGUCAGAUACAGCAUGACCAAGUAGUGGACAACAGUCAGAUACAGCAUGACCAAGUAGUGGACAACAGUCAGAUACAGCAUGACCAAGUAGUGGACAACAGUCAGAUACAGCAUGACCAAGUAGUGGACAACAGUCAGAUACAGCAACACCAGGUAGUGGACAACAGUCAGAUACAGCAUGACCAAGUAGUGGACAACAGUCAGAUACAGCAACACCAAGUAGUGGACAACAGUCAGAUACAGCAAGACCAAGUAGUGGACAACAGUCAGAUACAGCAUGACCAGGUAGUGGACCCUUGUCAGAUACAGCAUGACCAAGUAGUGGACAUUUGUCAGAUACAGCAGUGUCCUGUCACUCGUGAACCAGUUAAUAGCUUAAAUGACCUUAACUUCAGUCCAGAUGUGGUUUCAUUUUCCUCAUUAUCAUCUGCUGAGGACAUAAAGGAGAGCAACUUAAAUGUGAACUCAUGGAAAACUGCACAGAAGGUUCCUGGCAAUGUUAUAGUAACAGACAAUCCAAGGUUAUCCAUAUCGAGCUGUAACUUGACCAAUCAGAAGUUCUGUAAGAUAACUGUACCAGGUCAACAAUCUAUGAGCAAAAACAAUUUGCUGCAAUCCACUGUAAUGAGAGACAUAACUAAUAUAUCUCCAGAAACAACUGUUGGAAAUUCACUUGAAUGGGAUGAUAAAUUAAAACCAUUUAUGGUUAAAGCUACUUCUCAUGACUUCAUACCAAGUGCUGCCUCUGAGCUGAAAUCAGAAGGUAAACCUAAUUUGUUACUAUCCAGAGGAGCUAUCUCUUCACCUAGUCGAAAACUGUCCAUGCUGCAGAGAAGUGAAGACCAAAUGAGUCAAACCGAGUGUGGAGGAAAAACACAUGUAGAAGAGUCCGUUAGUGAUGGUGUAGACAACAUAAGUCCUGAUCUCCUUUAUCCCCUCUCAGAAAACUCCUACAGUAGGAUACAAUCAGACAGUGGGAUGCCAUACAACUGUGACACCAUCAGAACUAUAAAAGAGCAAUGGUCCUUGGCAGGACCUGUGAGAUCUACCCACUAUAAAAAACCAUCAGCUAUUACUGAAAACUGUAACAUGACUGAGGAGCUUUUACCACACCCAUCCCAGCUUCUAAGACGACCCAGUGUGACAUUACAAACAUCUACCAUCACACACGUAGAUCAAGAAAACCCUUUCGAAGGCAGGUUAGACCCAGGAGCGAUAAAUAAUGCAGUUCUGAGAUUUCAGCAGUACAAAGUGAGAGGAAGUGUCAGUGGUAGUGUGGCCAGGAGAACCUCUAAGUCAGGACUAGACUACCAUCACAGAUCACCCUCACUAUCAGUCACAGAAGACCAAAUAGCUAGACAACAUUUGCUCAGCUCCAUGUCUCCUUGUCAGACUCCAGAAAAUACCAGUCUUCUACCAGACCAGGAUGACCACAGUCUGUUCAUAGACUGCAAUGUAGGCAAACCCCAACUUGUUGACAUGGCAACCUUGUGUAAUACACAAGAUAUCAAGAUACCUGAUUCACCAUAUCAACAUGUCCCUACAGCCAGAGAGCCAGAGAGUUACGAAGGGGACAGUGAUAUAACUUAUGUUCCAGACAUAAACUUUGGUAGGAGUAAACAUACUGACAGUAAAAGGUAUACUUCAACUAGGAACCUCUCAUCAAGUCAGUGUUUUAGUGAUGACCCAGUCUCAGAUGUGUCCACCCCAGACUGUGACAUGCAGAAUGUUCCUUCAGAAUCAGUCAGUCUUCUGUGUGAGGCUGAGAGUCCUACCUAUGGCAAUAUGUUCAAGAAGAGGGACAUGAUCGGCUAUGAUCCUGAUAAUAAAAUGAACAAAGAUUGUAAUAAUUUGGAUAAUAUGAUUGUUGAAAAAACUUGUAAAGAAAAAAUAUCCCUGAAGUGUAAACCUUUUGGAGAUUCAUUUACUCAUACCAGCUACACAUCCAGGUAUUUUUCACCUCCUAGUGUGAAGUUCAAAGGUCAAAAGGACUCUCCAGUUGAUGUUGACUCUGUAAGUCACAUGGAAACCUCUACCAUUUUGGAAACAAAAAUUGAAUAUGAAUUGCCAGCUAAUGUGAACUUUGAAGGUCAAACAGACACUGCAAAACAUGUUGAACACUGUUAUUAUAAUGAUUCACAGCUGGACUAUUUGGAUAGGGAAACUAAUGAUAAAAACGUUACCAGAGAACAGUCGGUGAGGGAUGAAUGUUCCCUUGAUAAAGGAGGUGAUUUACAUCUUAGCCUUAGUUCUGUAGGUAGCAGUGACCUUGAGUUAUCCUUUACACUCGCUGAUUAUCACCAGAGUCGGCCUAAACCCCUCGUUGAACUUCCUUGGGAAACUCGACUGUGUAACCAUAGUAAUACAGAGACUGGUGAUCUCAAAUCACAGGGCAAUGAUGAGUUCAUACCAACAAAGACCUAUGAGGACAAUGUUCAACCUGAUUCUAAUGGAUGCAAAAGUUCAAAAUGGGGUAAAUUUGUAACAGAGGAUGAUGAAGAUGAUGAUUUGCUAUUCGAUGAUUCCUUUAAUGAAGAAUAUGAUGCAAAGAAGCUUGGAAAUAGAAUUAACAUUGAAAAUAUUUCACCACAGGUUACAUCUGUAACUGAACCAUUUAAAAUGAUUCCGAAGGAGAAUUCCAGUGAGCUACAGCGGUGUAAUGAUGUUGACAAAAUGUCAGUUUCAAACCAAAGUAGCUCAGAAAAACUUUCACAAUCAGGUCAGAAGCCUUCUGUUGGCAUAGGUCAUUUUCCAUUCACAGAAAUGGGAAGCAGUAUCUCCCAGGAGUUGUUAGAUGAUUUUGACCUGCAGAACACAGAAGACAUUUAUGUGCAUUCAAGGUUUUCAAAACAAAACACUAAAUCUGAUAUAUACAUAGCUCCCUCGUCCAGUACUUCUCUGACACAUGUGACCAAUCUCAAUGUUUUAUAUUCUGGGUCAAGAACUGCAAUCCCAGAGAAUACCUCAACAGAUGUAUCAAAGUUUGUCUUUCAUUCUGGUCAAAGUUCAAUGAAGAAUUUCCAAAGUCACACCUUUACACCUGUAACUGAGAAGGAUGUUUCACCUCCCAGACAGAACUCUAUGAAGAAGUUUAAAUGUCCUGUGCCAAGUGCAGGUCUUGUAACUCAUGUCUUGAAAGGGUCCAAGAGGAACAUCAGUGGAGAAUUACAGUUUGCCUGUAAGGAGGAGGUUGACAGCAAUCCUGUUCCCCUACGUGAGCUCAGCAUUGCUGUGAAAUUCCCAACGAUAGCAACAUAUAAACAGGUUCUCACAGCUGUUCUCAAAGAACACUUGAACAUAAUUCUGUUUGGCCUAGCCCAGCAGUAUCAUCACACUUUGAGAAUGGCAGAUAUCUCCAGCUAUGUUCCUGCUCAGCAUCCAGGUCCUCUGAUGAAUAAGUCAGUCUCCAGGAACCAGGCCAGCUCAAACCCAAACUGUCAGUGUGGUGCACCCGCAAAGAUGAUUCAAGUGAAGAAGCCAGGAAACAACAAGGGGCGUUUCUUCUAUACUUGUAACUCUGCUCGAAACAAACAAUGUAAGUACUUCCAGUGGGUUGAUCAGGCAGGGCAGGGAAAGAACUCUACCUCUGGAAGUAAUAAACUCAAGUUAUGUGAGGCCAGCAGUAUCAACACUUACAUGAGAGGCAACCACCUGAUGUUCUAUUGCGAGUGUGAGCUACUCAAAAAAAUGGACUUCACGUCUCACUUCAAAAAAGAAGUACCGAACUGGGUAAAGAUGAAAUAUGGACAAACAAAUCCGGACAAGAAGAAAUUGUACAUUAAGCUGUCCAAAAAGGAUGCCUCAUCCAUGUAUUCCAAAGAUGACUUUUGGAUCAUAUCUUUGACCUUGAAUUUCCACCCUACUCAAACCUUUCUUGCAAAGAGUGUCUACUUUGGACCUAAUUCAGCAAAUGAAUUAGAAAUAGAACCAUUGGCUGGAUUUUCACCCUCAAACUGGCCAAACAAUGCAUUUUGCCACGCUUUACUGGCUGGGAACAUUGCGUCCGAGUUGUGUUACCUUGGUAACAUUGAGGAAAACCUGAGUCCGAUGUCCCUACCUAUAUUACCGUGGAUACUGGACAGAAGUCCAAACCCAUGUCAUAGAGAAUCAACACAGCAGAGUGGAUUCAAGGCUCCAGUUAGGACAGCCGUCUCAAAAACUAACAUAUUUGCUACAAAAACAUCUACGGUGUGUUUGGAGCAGGGAAGCUCCCUAUUGUCUGUGACUGUAAUGUUUAUCAUGUUUGUAGGUGUGUUUGGAGCAGGGAAGCUCCCUGUUGUCUGUGACUGUGUGUUUGGAGCAGGGAAGUGUUUCCUGUUGUCUGUGACUGUAAUGUUUAUCAUGUUUGUAGGUGUGUUUGGAGCAGGGAAGUGUUUCCUGUUGUCUGUGACUGUAAUGUUUAUCAUGUUUGUAGGUGUGUUUGGAGCAGGGAAGUGUUUCCUGUUGUCUGUGAUCAUUCUGUUUAUCAUGUUUGUAGGUGUGUUUGGAGCAGGGAAGUGUUUCCUGUUGUCUGUGACUGUAAUGUUUAUCCUGUUUGUAGGUGUGUUUGGAGCAGGGAAGAGUUUCCUGUUGUCUGUAACUAUAAUGUCUAUUGUGUUUGUAGGUGUGUUCGGAGCAGGGAAGUGUUUCCUGUUGUCUGUGACUGUAAUGUUUAUCAUGUUUGUAGGUGUGUUUGGAGCAGGGAAGUGUUUCCUGUUGUCUGUUAUCAUUCUGUUUAUCAUGUUUGUAGGUGUGUUUGGAGCAGGGAAGAGUUUCCUGUUGUCUGUGACUGUAAUGUUUAUCAUGUUUGUAGGUGUGUUUGGAGCAGGGAAGCUCCCUGUUGUCUGUGACUGUGUGUUUGGAGCAGGGAAGUGUUUCCUGUUGUCUGUGAUCAUUCUGUUUAUCCUGUUUGUAGGUGUGUUCGGAGCAGGGAAGUGUUUCCUGUUGUCUGUGACUGUAAUGUUUAUCAUGUUUGUAGGUGUGUUUGGAGCAGGGAAGCUCCCUGUUGUCUGUGAUGUGUAUAAUGUUUAUCAUGUUUGUGUGUUUGGAGCAGGGAAGAGUUUCCUGUUGUCUGUGAUUGUACUUUUCCUGGUUAAGCUAUUUGAAGGUGUGUUGUGGUGUGUGUAUCAAGCAUGGGAAGGUUUGACAGUUAACCUGUAUGAGCAGAGACUCCUCGCAUUGAACUUUCAUGGUAUCACCCAUCUUAUCCGAAGCUUGUUGGAUAUUGGGUUUAAAGACUUUGUCCGUGUUGGAAGUAUGAAGAAGAUAUCUAAACCUGUGUUACCCUUCAGUGUCCACGCUACUGGCUCAGAAAAUCAAGAACUGAAAGAUCUACAGGAGAUGCUGAGAAGUGGAGAAUUAACACCUUCUGAAAAACAUAAUGUCCGCCAGAGUAUAGAAAAGCACAGACUCGGAGAAAAUAAAAAGAGACUGAGUAAAGUUCGGGUGGUCGGAGUGACAUGUGCCUCCUGUACAGCCUCCAGCUUGGACCGCUUGACAUUUCCAGUAGUGUUACUUGAUGAGUCUAGUCAGAUGACAGAGCCAGCAUCCAUGUUACCCAUAGCAAAGUUUGGAUGUGAGAAACUCCUAUUGGUGGGAGAUCCAAAGCAACUAGACCCAACUAUUCAGGGAUCAGAAGCAGCCCAUACCAAUGGCUUGGAACAGACCUUGUUUGACAGGCUUAUUAAAGUGGGUCAUGUGCCGACGGUACUGCACACACAAUACCGAUGUCACCCUGUCAUAAGUAACAUCGCCAAUACUCUGUUUUAUGAUGGACAACUCAUUGAUGGUGUCACUUCAUCAGAUAGGCAGCCAUUAGUGUCAGAAGUCCCCACCCUGUGUUUCUAUGAUGUGAGUGGAGGCCAGGAACAGACUGAUGAUGGAGGUAGUUUCUACAAUGAGAAGGAGGCAGUUUUUGUGACAUCUCUUAUCCAGGCACUCCUGAAGCGAGGAGUGGAUCCUGCUAGUAUUGGCGUCAUUACCCUGUACAAGUCUCAAAUGCACAAAAUCAAAACUAGUCUCCUAACCAAUAUUCAAAGUGAUAGCAACAAGGAGAUCAAAGCCACACGGGUGUCUACUGUUGAUGCCUUCCAGGGAGGCGAGCAUGAUGUCAUUAUCCUCUCAUGUGUCCGUACAAAUGGAGUUGGCUUCAUUGACAACCAAAAGAGAACCAAUGUGGCCCUCACAAGAGCUCGUCAUCACUUACUGAUCGUUGGGGAAAAAAGCAAUUUGUCCCGAAACCAGUUAUGGAGUCAGGUUCUUAGACUUUGUGGAGCUCAGCCUGAAGGUAUAUGUGAGGCGGACACCUUCCUUCGACAGCUGAAGGACACAGAUCGGGACCCAUCACAGAAAAGAAUGGGAAGCACACCCUGCAGUCCUCCUAUGUCACUAUCUAGUCAAGAGACAGGCACUGUUUCAUGUUCUUCAGACCCUGAUAAUGAGGAUGAUGUUAUGGGACCAGAGCUAUCUCCCACUAAUCCAAGGGUGUUAGUAAGGAAGAAAUGUCGCUUGAUCAGUGCGGACCUCCUGGAGAGUUCUGAGACCAGUGACUCGGAGGAGGAGCUUCCAAGAUUUUGACCAAUGGACUGCGAAGUUGAUGACAUGGUUGUACCAAAACUUCAUAUUUGAACAUUGAGGUUUGGAUUCAAGUUGCGGAGAUGAGGCGGAGGUCGAACAUCCAGUUUAACCUGCUGAAUACGUAAACGUGCCAAACUGCACUCUGUGAUAUCACGACAUUCUCGUACUUGUAGCACUUUCAAAGUCCGACUGUACUCUGCAAGG